AUGGAUACCCCUGCAACUCCUUUUAUAAAGUUCGAUAUUGAGGAUUUCCUCAGACCUCUUUCUAUUGACAAUGCGAAAGCACAUGCCCUGUCGCAUGAAUUAUGCCGGGCAUUUCAGCAUUUAUCCGCACACUCAUUAGAUCAAUUCCUCCCUACCCCAAUAUCUGAAUCGAUUUUACGGCCCACCGCGGGUAGGGAGAAGGGACGCGGUGGUACUAAUUUACGAGUGGGCUUCAUUGAGCUAUUAGGAAAUGAAAUAAAUGUGAAUGGUAACGGUGUUAAUGGCCACUCAGAGACCUCGGAAUCGGAACCACCGCCCAAUCUUCGUCGAGUGCUCGAGAAAUCAUGGCCAAUCCUAGAAGUCCUAAAGAACGAGAACGCCGAUUCACUAUUUAAAUGGAUCGGAAGUUGUAUUGCAGAAGUCGUACGGGAAGGUUGUGGAGCAUUUAAUCUACCUCGUGAUCUCGAACUACCCAUGGGGGUUACAUUCAGUUUUCCGAUGGUGCAGGAGACGUUAGCUGACGCCACCCUUAUGGCGAUGGGAAAGGGGUUUGCGAUUACAUCUCGCCUACACCUCGGGACUCACUUAGUCAAUGGUUACGAGCAGUCAAAGACUCCGGAUUUGCCACCUAUUAAAGUCUCUGCCAUUUUGAACGACGCAGUUGCGACUUUGGUAUCUUUCAUAUAUCAAUCUAAGGAGGAUAGUACCCAUAAAGCAGCGAUGGGUCUCAUAUGCGGGACAGGUAGCAACGCGACGAUACCCCUGAAGAGAAGCACUCUCCACAAAGAUAAGCAGCCUGGAAAAGUCAAAGUUUUAAAUGGAGAUUCGACCGAUGAUAUGAAGAUCGCGGUUAAUACCGAGUGGAGUAUUAAAGGGACAGCACCAACCUUACGGAAAUUUGACUUAAUCAGCCAUUGGGAUACAAAACUUGAUUUAGAAGGCGAAGCGCCUGGGUUCCAACCGCUCGAGUACAUGACAGCAGGUCGAUACCUUGGCGAACUUGGGCGUCUAAUAUUAUUAGAUUACCUUGAACACCAUUUGAAUAUUCCCGCAGACAGUCUGCCACCACGGCUCCUAACGCGAUUCGGCCUCACGACUACUUUUCUGAGCCAUUUCCGUCCCCCGCACUCGGCGAAACUAUUAGAGAAGCUUGAAACUGAAUUUCCACAGUCAACAGGCAAGGCCCCUUUCCAAUGGACAGAAGACAUCGCAAUUGCCUUAUAUAAAAUUUCUAAGGCUAUCGAAGUUAGGGCCGCCGCUAUUGUCGCGGCAUCAAUCGUUGGAUUACUUGCGUGCGCAGGAGAUAUUCCCAUUCGGGAAUCACUACAAGACCACACGAACAACCACACAGCCAAGGUGGAACAAAGCCCGAAGGUGAAUUUGAUUGUCGGAUAUACUGGAGGCUGCAUUGUCCACUUCCAAGAUUAUCUAGCAGAUUGCCAGGAAUUCCUAGACUCAAUCAUAGAGGCAGAGUUUGGGUCCGACGCACCAGUCAGGGUUGUAUUAAGCCCAUGCCAUGAUGGAGGGAUAACUGGCGCGGGGGUUUUAUGUGGUGCCUCUCAGGAACCUGCUCCUAUUGCGAUUCCGGGAAGCGAUGGUGGGUAUGACGAUGGGAGUGGGAGUGAUUUAGAUGCGAAUGAAUCAGAUUUGCUGGUUGCUCGCAGCUUUACUUCGGGGGCGUCGGGGCUUGCGCCGGAGGCUUUUGAAUCGGCGAUGCUUAGGGGGCGUCGUAGGUCACAAAGUACUAUGCGUAGGGCUUCGACUGUUCGGAGUGUGGUGUCUGUGUCACCUAGGCCGAUACAGAACGGACACCGACAUCACCGUGAUUCAGAGGAUCUCGACUCUCCGCUGUCCGAAGAUAGUCUUGAGGAUGACUUGGAGGCAGCACAAUUGGAAAGAUCUAAAUCGGCUCCAACGUUCUUAAUUGAUACCGACCAGCGACGGUUUUGGAUUGUGUUUAUAAGCAUAAUGCUCACCCAUUUUGUAGCAUGUUUUGACGGCACGAUCAUGGCAUCCUCGCAUCCGGUUAUUACGAGUUAUUUUCAUAGCUCCAAUAGUGCUAGUUGGCUUACAACUGCGUUCUUACUUACGAGUACUGCUUUCCAACCCGUGAUCGCUCGCCUUUCCGAUACCCUCGGACGCAAGCCGCCGUAUCUCGCUACCACAGUCAUUUUCGCACUCGCAACAUUAUGGUGUGCACUCGCACAGAGCAUGACGAGCUUUAUUCUAGCUCGAGCUGCGUGUGGUCUAGGUGCUGGAGGUGUGUUGGGGAUGGGCAGUAUUAUCAUUAGUGAUUUGGUGCCGAUUGAACGUCGAGGCGCAUAUCAGAGCUACGUAAAUGUCGUCUAUGGAUUAGCCUCAGCGCUAGGCGCUGCCCUCGGAGGCCUCAUGGCCGAUACUAUGGGCUGGCGCUGGGAGUUCGGCAUCCAAGUGUUCCCUAUCGUUAUAUGCUUCGUGGUAGCAUUUUUUGGUAUUCCGGGCGACCUUGGCUUACAGAAUAAGCACCAGACUUUCAUGGAAGGCAUGAAGACGUUUGACUUUAAGGGGUCUAUACUCCUAACUACUUCUACUACGUUUUUAAUUUUGGGCAUAAAUCUUGGAGGCAACAUUUUGCCAUGGUCUCACCCAUUCAUCAUCGCCUCGCUCGUAAUAUUCGGCGUUUGCUUUCCGAUUUGUUUAUAUGUUGAGUCUAAGCAUCAGCGGCCUAUCAUGCCUUUAAUCCUUUUACACAGCUCACCCCGGGCCAACCUAAUUUUCGCUAAUUUCAUCGCAUCUUUCUUACUAAAUGCGAUCCUAUUUAAUACCCCGUUAUUCUUCCAAGCCGUCCUCCUGACUAGCGCCACCACCUCUGGUCUCUACCUUGUCGUCCCUGUUGUCACAGCUAGCACAACCGGGACUCUAACCGGCUUCCUAAUAUCCGCAACGCGCCGCCUCAAAUGGCCCCUCGUCUGCGGCACCCUCCUGUACCUCCUCGGCACAGCCCUCCUCUCCGCCAUGCACCGCGGAUGGCCCGUAUGGGCGUACCUUCUAUGCCUAAUCCCCUCCUCUGCAGGUCAAGGCUUCCAGUUCCCGGGAACUUUCAUGGCGGUCCUAGCAGCUAGUGAGCACCGCGAACAAGCCGUCGUAACCUCCACACUUGUUCUAUGGCGCGCUUUGGGAUCAGUCCUCGGAGUCGCGUUCUCGUCUCUUGUCUUGCAAAACGCGUUAUUGCGAUACUUACUCGAGUACGUGAUUCCUCCCUCCGAUGUAUCAGAUGGAGAGGCCUGGAAACAGGCGCUUGUCGAACGUGUACGUGAAAGUGUGGAGGCUGUGGCUGCGCUGCCGCCAGGAGACACUCGCGACCAGGUGAUUGCAAGUUACGAAUCCGCAGUCCGCCUGACAUUUUUGUGCCUUGUUGCUUUUGCGGCCGUGGGCGCUUUGUUAAUUGCGCCUGUGAAACUGCCGAGAUUGGGCGGUCGGAAGUAA